AAACUUUCGCAAUGCCUUGUCCGCGAUGCGGUGCGGCGAUCACAGGUCGCUUCUGUGGAUCCUGCGGCAUGGACUUUGAGCAGCCGAACAAACCCCCCCAGCCUUCUGCUCCUGAUCUGCCUCCGCCUCCAUAUCAGGCGUAUGGUCAGCCUGUUCAUGGAUCUGCUGUGCCAGUCGCUACUCCUGUAGUUCCGUUGAAUGCUAAUCCUGCUGACACCUCUUAUGCACGGGUAUCAAGUCAUUUGACUUCCUCUUAGCGUCACCCACUGGUUACUCACUUCAUGCUCAUUAGCCUGUUGUUCCUGGGGAACUGCCGACGUGCAGACGAUGCGGGCGAAGGUGAUCCUGCCAUGUCUUGAAUACUGCAGGAUGGGAGAUAUUUUGUGUAGAUUUCUCCGCAAUGUAGUAGCACUAUGAGUUGAAUGUGAUCGUUCUGAGAUGUGUCAAGACAAAAGAAGCUGAAGAUUUCAUUAUGUUUGAUUUCGUUUUAGCAGUUGUUUUGUUCGAUUGUAGGGUUCGAAGUGAAAUGACUUGUGUUUUCGCAGUUUUGUACGACCACCGGGCACUAAGCCUGCCACUGCCCAAUGGUUCCGCUGCCAAGAUUGCACGGAUGGAAGAGCCUUAGCGUAUGACACUGCGGCUUCUUGCUCUAUUAUGUAAAAGGAUCAAAUUCCAAAUGUAAAAUAUUUCGAACAUAAACAAAAAAAAUCGUUUA